AUGAUUUUGGGUUUGCACAGGUUAAUGGCUGAUCGAGUGCUUGUGAUUGGCAGUGGAGGGAGGGAGCAUGCUCUGGCCUGGAAGCUGGCCCAGUCUCCACAUGUAAAACAUGUCUUUGUUGCUCCAGGAAAUGCAGGAACAGCUGACAAUGGCAAAAUCUCCAACUCAGCUGUAUUAGUGAGCAAUCACACUAUUGUUACCCAGUUCUGCAAAGAUCAUAACAUCGGACUUGUGUUAGUUGGGCAAGAAGCUCUUUUGGAAGCUGGGAUUGCUGAUGACUUGAGAGCAGCAGGAGUUAGGUGUUUUGGUCCAUCUGCAAAAGCAGCCCAGCUGGCAUCCAACACCAGUUUUGCCAAAGCCUUUCUGGAUCGACAUGGGAUCCCAACAGCAAGAUGGAAAGCUUUCACCAAUCCCCAAGAAGCUUGUAGGUUUAUUAUCAGCACAGACUUUCCGGCACGAGUUGUACGCGCAAGGGGCCCUGCAGGUAGAAAAGAAGUGACAAUUGCAGCCAGCAAAGAGGAAGCCUGCAGAGCUGUCCAAGAGAUUAUGCAGGACAGAAUGUUUGGAGAGAUGGUCAUUAUUGAAGAACUUCUUCAAGGGGAAGAACUUUCUUGCUUGUGCUUCACCGAUGGUGUCACUGUUGCCUCAAUGCCCCCAGCCCAGGCCCAAAAACGAUUAUUGGAUGGUGACCAGGGUCCAAACACUGGAGGAAUGGGAGCCUAUUGUCCAGUUCCUCAGGUUCCAGAAGUUCUUCUAGAGAAAAUCAACAAUGCUAUCCUUCAACAUGUUGUUGAUAGUAUGAGACAAGAAGGAACAGCAUAUGUAGGUGUGCUGCAAACUGGUUUAAUGCUUACCAAAGAUGGUGUGAAAAUUUUAAACUUUAAAUGUCAGUUUGGUGACCCUCAGUGCCAGGUAAUUCUUCCACUUCUUAAAAAUGAUUUUUAUGAAGUGCUUCAAGCAACAAUUGAUGGCAAACUUUGCAGCUUCAUGCCAGCCUGGUCAGAAAAUAGUACAGCUGUGUGUGUGGUUAUGGCAAGUCCAGGAUACCCAGGAGACUAUGACAAAGGCAUGGAAGUAACAGGGUUGCUGCAAGCCAAAGAGUUAGGGCUGCAGGUGUUCCAUGCUGGCACAACACUGAAGGAUGGCAGAGUGGUGACAAGUGGUGGCAGAGUCCUCUCCAUUACUGCUGUUGAGGAGAACUUGCUGAAAGCACUGGGCGAAGCCAACAGGGGUGUAGCAGCCAUACGUUUCAAGGGUGCCACUUACAGGAAGGACAUUGGCCACCGGGGUAUACAGCUUCUCAGACAGUCUCUGGGUCUGGUAUACAAAGAGAGACAUGUGGAAGCUCUAAGCAGUGAUGUUUUGUUUCACCAGCUGGAAACAUCAUUUGUAAGCGGUACCAGAUCAGGCAGUCAUUCAGAAGUGGGAGGCUUUGCUGGUUUCUUUGACUUGAAAGCAUCUGGUUAUGAUGACCCUAUCUUGGUAUCUCAAACGAAAGGCCUUGGACCCAAACUGCAGAUUGCACAAGUGUGUAAAAGCCAUGACACCAUAGGUCAGGACCUGGUUGCUGUGUGUGUCAAUGACAUCCUGGCUCAAGGAGCAGAGCCACUUUUCUUCCUCAGUUAUUUUGCUUGUGGCAAACUUGACACUGAAGUGACUGAAACCAUCAAAGAAGGAAUAGCUGAAGCUUGCAGAAAUGCAGGAUGUGCUUUCCUGGGCAGGGAGAUGACUGAGGUGAGUGGUAUAUAUUCUUCUGGAGAGUAUGACCUGGCAGGCUUUGUGGUUGGUGCAGUGGAGAGAGGACAGAUGCUUCUGGGGCUGCAGAGAGCUGAUGAAGAGGAUGUGCUUAUUGGACUGGCCUCUUCUGGGAUUCAUGGCCAUGGCUUUAGCAUCAUAAGGAAGAUUCUCUUAAUGUCCUCUUCACACUACUCCUCACCAGCACCUGGCAGUGGUGGUGACAAGACUCUAGGAGAUAUAUUGCUGACCCCAGCAAAAAUGUACAGCCCAUCUUUGCUGCCUGUCCUUCGCUCAGGGCAUGUGAAGGCUUUUGCCUUCAUUGCUGAGGAGGGGUUGCUGGAAGGCAUCUCCAGAAUUCUGCCAGAAUACGUCAGCGCUGUCCUAGAUGCUCUUGGCUGGAAAAUUCCUGAAAUCUUUUGCUGGCUUUACAAAGAGGGAAACCUCUCUGCAGAGGAGAUGGCUCAGACAUUUAAUUGUGGGAUUGGUGCAGUCUUGGUUGUGCAGAAGGACCUAGCUCAGCAUGUUCUCAAGGACAUACAGAGAUGUGAGGAAGCUUGGCUGAUUGGGAAAGUCGUUGCCCCUUGUCAUACAGGAGCUUCUCACAUUGAAGUCAAGAAUCUUGCAGAAGCUCUACAGCUGAGCAGCCCUCAGCCUCUGCUGAAUAACACAGUUGUUGAGAGUCAACACCGACACAGGAAAAGCAAAGUUAAAGCAGCUGUUCUCGUCUCUGGAACAGGCACAAACCUUGCUGCACUCAUCAAUUAUGCAAAAGAACCAGGGAGCUGUGCUCAAGUUGUCCUUGUCAUCUCCAACAAGUCUGGUGUAGAAGAACUGCGAAAUGCAGCCCGGGCUGGAAUUCCCACCAGGGUGAUUGAUCAUAAGUUAUAUGGGAGUCGCUCUGAAUUCGACAGCACCAUCGACCGAGUUCUUGAAGAAUUUGCUGUUGAACUAAUAUGUCUGUCAGGAUUUAUGAGAAUUCUGUCCAAUCCUUUUCUCAGAAAAUGGAAAGGGAAAAUCUUGAAUGCUUCCUCAUCAGUUUUCCCACCAAUCAAGGAUGGAAAUGCCCAUCAAGCCUUGCAAAGUGGAUUCAAAGUCACAGGCUGCACUGUGCAUUUUGUCUUGGAGGAAUCUAGUCCAAAAGCAGUGAUCCACCAGGAGGCAGUGUCUGUGAAGGCAGAUGACACUGAGGAGACGCUGUCAGAACGGGUUAAAGAAGCUGAAUGUCGGGCUUUCCCCAUCGCCCUGCAGCUGGUGGCCAGUGGAGCAGUGCACCUAGGAGCCGAUGGUAAAACCUAUUGGAAACAAGAGACACAAAGUUUGUGUCUCCAAGAAGAGAAGAGAGACUGCACAACCUCCUCUCCCAUGGCUCUGUAG